AUGCCAGUUGCUACGGAAAGAAGGGCCUCUAUGGAUGAUUUCGACACCGAUAUCAUCACUUUGCCAAGGUUUAUCGUUGAGAAUCAAAAAACUGUCAAGACCGCUCGUGGUGAUUUCUCCCUAGUGCUAAAUGCUCUGGGAUUUGCAUUCAAAUUCAUUUCACAAACUAUCAGACGUGCAGAACUGGUUAACUUGAUCGGCCUAGCAGGUGCUUCCAACUCUACUGGUGAUGAACAAAAAAAAUUGGAUGUCCUGGGUGAUGAAAUCUUUAUCAAUGCCAUGAAAGGUUGCGGUUUCAUCAAACUGUUGGUUUCCGAGGAACAAGAAGACCUAAUAGUGUUUCCAACAGAGACAGGUACAUAUGCUAUCUGCUGUGAUCCUAUCGAUGGCUCUUCCAAUUUGGACGCAGGUGUCUCCGUAGGUACUAUUGUCUCGAUUUUUAAACUGCUGCCGGGAUCCACAGGAAGUAUCAAGGAUGUUCUAAGGUCAGGCCAUGACAUGGUCGCAGCAUGUUAUGCCAUGUACGGUGCUUCAACUCACUUGAUGUUAACUAUGGGUAACGGUGUCGACGGAUUCACAUUGGACACUAAUUUGGGUGAAUUUAUCCUAACUCAGCCAAACUUGAGAAUCCCUCAACUAAGACCAAUUUACUCCGUGAAUGAAGGUAAUAGAUUGUAUUGGGAUGAAUUGAUAGUCUCUUUUAUUGACUCAUUGAAAGAGGGUCAAGAAUCUAAUAAGGGUAAACCAUACUCUCUGCGUUAUAUCGGUGCUAUGGUCGCAGAUGUCCACAGAACAUUCCUAUACGGUGGUUUGUUCAGUUAUCCAGGAGACAGAUUGAAACCAGAUGGAAAAUUAAGAUUGUUAUACGAAGCUUUCCCAAUGGCAUUCCUAGUCGAACAAGCCGGUGGUAAAGCAGUUAAUGACCAGGGCGAACGUAUCUUGGAUCUGGUUCCAAAGCACAUUCACGACAAAUCCUCCAUCUGGUUGGGCUCAUCGGGUGAAAUCGACAAAUUCUUGAAACAUAUCGGGAAGGAAUGA